GCUCCGAAGCGCGGCCGGUCUACGUCCCUGUCCGGCUUGGCCCGGCGCCUCUCGAGGGAGCGGCGCCGCCGGCCGAGAGCGCAGGCCCGGCCAUGACCGACUUCAAAUUGGGCAUCGUGCGGCUCGGCCGGGUGGCCGGCAAGACCAAAUACACACUGAUAGAUGAGCAAGACAUCCCAUUGGUGGAGAGCUACUCCUUUGAGGCUCGAAUGGAAGUAGAUGCUGAUGGAAAUGGUGCUAAGAUAUUUGCAUAUGCCUUCGACAAAAACCGAGGAAGGGGCUCAGGCAGGCUUCUUCAUGAGCUGCUGUGGGAGCGGCACAGGGGAGGUGUAGCUCCUGGCUUUCAGGUGGUACAUCUCAAUGCUGUGACUGUGGACAAUCGCCUAGACAACCUGCAGCUGGUGCCAUGGGGCUGGCGUCCCAAAGCCGAAGAGACCUCUAGCAAACAGAGGGAGCAAAGCUUAUACUGGCUUGCAAUCCAGCAGCUUCCCACAGACCCCAUAGAAGAGCAGUUUCCUGUCCUGAAUGUGACCCGGUACUAUAAUGCCAAUGGGGAUGUGGUAGAAGAGGAGGAGAAUUCCUGCACCUACUAUGAGUGUCACUAUCCUCCCUGUACGGUGAUCGAGAAGCAGCUUCGGGAAUUCAAUAUCUGUGGGCGCUGCCAGGUGGCCCGGUACUGUGGCUCCCAGUGUCAGCAGAAGGACUGGCCUGCCCACAAGAAGCACUGUCGGGAGAGGAAGCGUCCCUUCCAGCAUGAGCUUGAGCCAGAGCGAUGACGGGCAGAAUUGCUGCCACUGCUGCAGGUUCAAGGAUUCCAGCUCUUCCAUGGGCACAGCGGAAGAUAGACUGGCAGUUGAACCUGGAGGUGCCAAAGAAGCCAGUGGUGGAUCCCGAACAGCUGCCAUGAGACCCCAUAGCACAUGCAGCUUGUGGGGACAGUGCCCCUCCAGUGUUCAUCUCCAGCAGAGACAAUGGGGAGGCUCCCCAGGACCUUUCUCAUUAUUUAUAUGUUAAUAUGUUUGUAAACUCA